AUGAAAAUAACGAUAUUAUUAUUUUUGUUAUCCAUUUUGACAACCUGUCUAUCUGGACCGCUAGACAUAACAAGAUAUAAAAAACAAAUUACACCAAUUCCUUGUUCACCGCAACCUGUUCCACCGGUAAUAACACCACCAUGCUGUAAUGAUUUGGAUUUAAAAGCUUUAGUGUGGCAACAAAUUUACGAACUAAGAAAAAUUGAAAGUGCCAUAACUAAUAAGCCACCAUGUGUUUUACCUUGCCCACCACCACCAGUUGAGCCAGCAACUCCCGAACCAACAACACCAACAACUCCAGAGUGUCCGCCAACAACACCAACAACUCCUGAACCAACCCCACCAACCACACCCGAACCAACAACUCCUGAGCCAACCACACCAGCAACGCCGGCAUGUCCGCCAACAACGCCUGAACCAACUACACCAACAACACCAACAACUCCCGAGCCAACCACACCAGCAACGCCGGCAUGUCCGCCAACAACGCCUGAACCAACUACACCAACAACACCAACUACGCCCGAACCCACAACACCAACAACUCCUGAACCAGCCACACCAACAACUCCACAAUGCCCGCCAACAACGCCAGCUACCCCUGAACCAUCAACUCCGGAGCCAACCACACCAACUACACCCGAACCAACAACGCCAGAGCCAACCACACCAACAACGCCGGCAACGCCCGAACCAGCUACACCAGCAACGCCAACAACUCCUGAACCAACCACACCCGAACCAACAACGCCAGAGCCAACCACACCAACAACGCCCGAACCAGCUACACCAACAACUCCUGAACCAACCACACCAACAACUCCUGAACCAACCACACCAACAACUCCUGAACCAACCACACCCGAACCAACAACUCCUGAACCAACCACACCAACUACACCCGAACCAACAACUCCUGAGCCAACAACACCAACUACACCCGAACCAACAACUCCUGAACCAACCACACCAACUACACCCGAACCAACAACUCCUGAGCCAACAACACCAACUACACCCGAACCAGCAACACCUGAACCAACCACACCAACUCCCGAACCAACAACACCAACUACACCCGAACCGACACCCCCAACUACACCCGAGCCAACAACUCCAGAACCAACGACACCAACUACACCGGAACCAACAACUCCAGUAUGUCCGCCAACAACACCCGAGCCGACAACACCAACUCCUGAACCAACAACACCAACUACCCCCGAACCAACACCGCCAACUACACCCGAACCAACAACUCCAGAACCAACCACACCAACUACACCGCAACCAACAACUCCAGUGUGUCCGCCAACAACCCCCGAGCCCACAACACCAACUCCCGAACCAACAACACCAACUACACCCGAACCAACAACUCCAGAACCAACCACACCAACUACACCAGAACCAACAACUCCAGUGUGUCCGCCAACAACACCCGAGCCGACAACACCAACUCCUGAACCAACAACACCAACUACCCCCGAACCAACACCGCCAACUACACCAGAACCAACAACUCCAGAACCAACUACACCGGAACCAACAACUCCAGUGUGUCCGCCAACCACACCCGAGCCGACAACACCAACUCCUGAACCAACAACACCAACUACGCCCGAACCAACCACACCAACUACACCGGAACCAACAACACCAACUCCCGAACCAACAACACCAACUACACCCGAACCAACCACACCAACUACACCGGAACCAACAACUCCAGUGUGUCCGCCAACAACACCCGAGCCCACAACACCAACUCCCGAACCAACAACACCAACUACACCCGAACCGACACCGCCAACUACACCCGAACCAACAACUCCAGAGCCAACCACACCAACUACACCGGAACCAACAACUCCAGUGUGUCCGCCAACAACACCCGAGCCUACAACACCUACCCCCGAACCAACAACACCAACUACACCCGAACCAACACCGCCAACUACACCCGAACCAACAACUCCAGAACCAACCACACCAACUACACCGGAACCAACAACUCCAGUGUGUCCGCCAACCACACCCGAGCCCACAACACCAACUCCUGAACCAACAACUCCAACUACCCCCGAGCCAACACCACCAACUACUCCAGAACCAACCACACCAACUACACCGGAACCAACAACUCCAGUGUGUCCGCCAACCACACCCGAGCCCACAACACCAACCCCCGAACCAACUACACCCGAACCAACAACUCCUGAACCAACCACACCCACUACACCGGAACCAACAACUCCAGUGUGUCCGCCAACCACACCCGAGCCGACAACACCAACUCCUGAACCAACAACACCAACUCCCGAACCAACAACUCCAGAACCAACCACACCGGAACCAACAACUCCAGUGUGUCCGCCAACAACACCCGAGCCCACAACACCAACUCCCGAACCAACAACACCAACUCCCGAACCAACAACACCAACUACACCCGAACCAACACCGCCAACUACACCCGAACCAACAACUCCAGAACCAACCACACCAACUACACCGGAACCAACAACUCCAGUGUGUCCGCCAACAACACCCGAGCCCACAACACCAACUCCCGAACCAACAACACCAACUACACCCGAACCAACACCACCAACUACACCCGAACCAACAACUCCAGAACCAACCACACCAACUACACCAGAACCAACAACUCCAGUGUGUCCGCCAACCACACCCGAGCCGACAACACCAACUCCUGAACCAACAACACCAACUACCCCCGAACCAACACCGCCAACUACACCAGAACCUACCACACCAACUACACCGGAACCAACAACCCCAGUGUGUCCGCCAACAACACCCGAGCCCACAACACCAACUCCCGAACCAACAACACCAACUCCCGAACCAACAACACCAACUCCCGAACCAACAACACCAACUACACCCGAACCAACAACUCCAGUGUGUCCGCCAACAACACCCGAGCCCACAACACCAACUCCCGAACCAACAACACCAACUACACCCGAACCAACACCGCCAACUACACCCGAACCAACUACACCAACUACGCCGGAACCAACAACUCCAGUGUGUCCGCCAACAACACCCGAGCCCACAUCACCAACUCCCGAACCAACAACACCAACUCCCGAACCAACAACACCAACUACACCCGAACCAACCACACCAACAACUCCAGUGUGUCCGCCAGCAACCCCCGAACCAACUACGCCAACAACUCCUGAACCACCAACACCGACAACUCCCGAACCAACUGCACCAACAACGCCUGAGCCAACUCCAGAUUGUCCUCCAACAACGCCGGCAACGCCAGAACCAACGCCAACAACGCCAGAACCAACGCCAACAACGCCGACAACACCAACAACACCAACUACUCCUACACCUCCAGGAUGCUAAUUCUUUGGUUGAAUUGAAACAUAAAAUUUUGAACGCAUUUAAAAUUAUUUUAAAAUAUUUUUUUUAUUAUAUUGAUAAGGUUGUGGGCAAAGAGAA